CGUAGUACUAUUAUCUUAUUUAGUAUCCGCCAUCUUGAGUUUCAGAAGUGUCUAUUUGGUCUCUACCGGUAUGUGAUGUGACGAGUUAUAUUUUAGUGUCAUCGCACGACCGAAAUAAUCGGUAAACUCUACAGAGCGUCUAUAUCAAUCACCAUGACCAUAUUACCCAAGAAAAAGACGACACAGUCGAAAAAUGAAGGUGAAAACACAGAUCCCAAUCAUUCUUAUCAUGGCGACCGUCAUGGACAUCAACCUCAUCCACCAGAAAGUCGCGAGAGGUUCAAUUUCUCGCCUCAAACAUGGCCACCGGCCACACCGAGAGGCGAAAAGCGACCUUCACACGCGACAUCAACAAAUUUUUACGAUUACGAGACGACAGACAGCGGACCCAGUCACUCAAAACGUCGUCGUAGAGCUUCUCCUCACAGAAGUAUUCGAAAAAAUCAUCCCCAUGUCCAUUCUAAUCAUGUUGUGCAUAGAACGAAUAAUCAGACCAAUUUUACAAAUCCCAGCACUUCGCAGAGUGGACAUAGUCCCUCUCAAGAUAGGCCAAAUAGUGCAAUGCAAGUCAAAACAACUGAAGAUGAUGGUGUCAAUGGAGGCCCUUCUGGGUAUAAUAGUGGUGACGAAUAUGAUCGUCCAAUUGAAAUGUGGACAGAAGAAGAAUUGGAUGAGAAGGAGAAAUUAUUUGAAAAGAAGUUAAGAAAGAAGGGUUUUUCAAUCAAGAAAAUGGGAGAAGAUGGUGCUUGUCUCUUCAGAGCAGUUGCUGACCAAGUUUAUGGAGAUCAAGAAAUGCACACUGCUGUGAGAAAACUAUGCAUGGAUUAUAUGGCAAAAAAUUCUGAUUACUUUUCUCAAUAUGUAACUGAAGAUUUUGAGAAAUAUAUAGAAAGGAAAAGAUGUGAUCACAUUCAUGGAAAUCAUAUUGAAAUGCAAGCAUUAUCAGAGAUGUUUAAUAGACCUAUUGAAGUUUACCAUUACAGUAUAGAACCAAUAAAUAUUUUCCAUGGGGAAUUUACUGACAAUGCACCAAUACGUCUUAGCUAUCACAGAAAUAUACAUUAUAAUUCUAUUGUUGAUCCUUAUAAAGCCACAAUUGGUGUUGGACUUGGCCUACCUUCAUUGAAGCCAGGGGUAAACGAAAAUAAUUUUUUAGCAGAAAAAAAUUUGAUGAAGGAAGCAAUAAGAACUUCAGAAGAAUUUGAAUUAGAGCAAGCAAUGUUGGAAGACAAACUUCGUGCUACAGAUUGGGAGGCCACUAAUGAAGCUAUUGAGGAACAAGUUGCUCGAGAAUCGUAUCUUGAAUGGUUGAGAGAAAAUGAAAUGAGAGCAAGGAAAAAGGCUCGAUCAGCUACAGCUACAAGUAGUUCGAGUUUAGGAUCGCCUGAAAUGAAUAAUGGUGGAAUGUCACCACUGCAAUCUACUGGACGAAUAUCUCCUAGAACUCGAAGUAACUUUUCUGCAUCUAAUAGUCCUAAAGUUUCUGAAAGUCAUGUAGAAGAAAAAAUCUUAAAAUCUCCAGAGAAAGUAUCCAGUCCUAAAGCAAGCAAUUCAGGAUUGAAUAAUGAAGCUUUCAAUUUAAAUAAUCGUGAUGAAAAUGCAAUGGCCACUACCACAGCUUCUGCUUCGGCAGAUCAAUCUAUUUUAAUGGAAGAUGAAUUUUCACUUAUUGAAACUGCUAGCUUUAUGAACAGAUUACCACCUUGCAUUUUUGGGCUUACCGACUGGGAAGAUUCUGAUAUUUUAGCACGAGUACUCGCCGAAUCCCAGCAAGAAUAUCUGGAUUCUCUCAAGCGUUCCGCGACCAAGGAUAACGAACAGUCAAGCAGUUAACGUGAAUUAAAACUUGUACAUUGUGUGACGGGAGCAAAGAUCUUGGCCAUUUUUAAAUUGUGCCACAGUGUGCAAUGCUCAUCCGGGCAUUGCACCACAGGAGUUAAAUGGACAGGAAUCUUUAUUUUUAUUUCUAAACAAAAUCAUUAGUAUAAUUUCACAAAGUAAGAAUAACUGGUGCUUGCACCACUGUUUAUACUGUGAUCUUAUGUGCCCUCUCCCAUUUCUUGCCCGGAUUGUACACAUCAUUUCGGGGCAGAGUAUUUUCAGAAUCAAGUAGUAAACAUUCUAAGUCAAUGAUUGUUUCAAUGUGGCUGUGCUUCCUGUAGAUUUAUUAAUCUGUGCCUCUUUUCCAUUGAGUAAGCAUAAACAGUGUAAGGUUUCAUGCAAAGCAAUUAAGAGCAGACUUGUCAGUUUUUAAAGGGAGGGGGAAUUAAAAGGGAAAAGUGUACUGUGAUGUGUCUUUAUUUUAUACCCAGCAAAUUUUUAGGCUUUUUUAAGUGAUAUUUUAGUUUAUUAUAACUUUGCAAAACGACCAAAAAGAAAUCUUUAUUACUAAAAUUCUUUUAAGUAUCGGCAUUAGACUUUUACUUCCCUUAGAAUGACUAUUUUUUUCCCUCCAUAAUGAUGUGAGAAUUUUGUGUAGUUAUUUAAAAAACGAAAAAUUCAAGACAUUUUCAAACAGCUUCAAUUGUUAAUCAAGCACUAAAUGGUUUCUUUAUUGACAACUUGUUAUAAGACAAUUUUCAAAGCGUAAUCAAACGGGAAUGCAAUAUUGCUGGGAUGUGCGGUCAUCCCGAUGUGAUACGCAGAUCACGUCGUAUAUAAUAAUCAAGUAUGGCUUUUUAUUCGUCUAGCGUAUAGUAUACUGUUUCAGGUAACUAAUUCUGUUUAUAUCUAGGAUUUAUAGCAGCUGUAUAAUUUGGCAAUUGCCAUAACAUUUCUUCUUUAAGAUUGCGGUACGUAUAUUUAUAUACUAUUAAUUUUUUUCCGGUUCUCGCUCAAGUGCCAUGAAGUUUCUAUUUUUUUAAUUAGUUCCAGUAAUAGAUUAAUUAGUUUAACAAGCAACAAAGUAUGCUGUAAUUAUUAUUUAGUAAUUAAGUAGAUGUAAACUCUCUCGGACAUCUGCUUGAAAUUAUGGAAAUGUGUUGUAAAAUAUAUAUUUUUCCUUCCUUCCUUCCUUCCUUUUCUAUUUAUCAUUGUUUUGAUCAUGAUUUUGAAGAUGAAAACUGGGGAGUAAAAUUGAUGUAAAAAGUUAAAUAAAUCGUCAAAAAAUUCUGGCACAGUUGAUCAAAAUUGCUCUGUCAAUUAUAGUUUAAAAAAGAAGACAUGUUUUUUUGUUUGCACAAAACUUCUUGAUAAUUGUAAGUUCUCUAUAGAUAGGAAAUAUUAAAAUUCUUAAUAUUA